UGUGAGAUAUUAUCGAAAAUAGAGAGAGGUACAGCUACUUAAACUGUAAAUAUGUAGGUGGCUAACAAAAAAUAGGAGGGAAAAGAUAACAAUUUUGAAAAAAGGUGAAUAAAACUGUUUCAUACAUGCAGGAUGUGAUUGAAAUAUGAUCGAGGCUUCUGAAGCGAAAUCAGACUUAUGUAUAAAGAAAAACUUGAAACUUAACAUAAAGCAUAAAUAUACUUGACGGGUAGUAAGAAAAAGUCGCUGAAUCAAUGUUUGAUCAAUUCCUUAUCAAUAUUAAUUUUGUUUGCAAUCGAGUGUAUAGCUGGUCUAUUUAAAAGCAGUUUCUUCAUGCUCUUCUUCAAACAUACAACGGAUUCUUGCUUGUGAAAGACAAGGAUUACUAAAAACGAUCUGCAGCACGGAUGGUAUUUCUAAUACUGUUUCACCGAAUACGGGAACCUGUUAUUCGCUACAUGUAAACGGAGAAGAGAUGGGCGAGUGUUUGGCUAAUGAUCUAGCUGCAAGCAGUCCGCUAGUUUACCAUGCCAUAACUGUAAAAUAUUUAGAUAUUGUAGCAACCAUAUUGACAAUAAUUGGAAAUGGUGUUUGUAUUUUGACAUUCAUAAAGACAAGAAGUCUUCAUUCACCUGCAAAUUUUCUUGUUGGAGCUUUAUGCAUGAGUGAUUUCAUUGUUGGCUUAGUCGUGCAACCAUUCUACUUGGCAAUGUUGAUUACCAUGCAGACAAGCUCCGUCUCUUUUGAAGGUUAUUGGCAAAGAACAGAUUUUGUCAUGGUAUUAUUUAAUGGCUUCUCAGUGUUCUUGGCCUACCUCGUAACACUGGACCGUUACCUUGCUAUUUGCUAUCCUCUGAGAUACUAUACCAUGGUUACAAUAAAAAGAUAUGUAUUAAUGGUUUUCGUUGCGUCCUUAACCGCUUUGAUAGGUGCAUUGGCUGUCCUGUACGAUCGUGCAGCGUAUUACUACGGCUCGGCUAUGAUAUAUAUAAUUUUUGCACAAUUUGUUGUGUUCUAUGGCCUUAUAUACAACGCCAUACGUCAACAGCGUAAUAGAAUUACAGUACUUGGAAGCAUUGAUGGAGAAAGCCGCAGUGUUGUACGUAAACAGAAGGCAGAGAAAGACAAAGCAUACACAAUUGGAAUAUUAUUGGUGAUAUUUUUCUUAUGCAAUUUCCCAGGUACUGUUAUCUUCAUGAUCGCUAAAGGAACCAACGAACUUUGUAACUGGACAGCAGUUGAAAUAAAAAUGCACAUGUGGAGCUUUUGGUUGUUUCUUUUGAACAGCUCAAUCAAUCCUAUUAUAUACUCCUUGCGAAGUAAAGAAUUCAGACGUGCAACAAAACGUCUUGUGUGCCGGGGUUUCUUGGCAAGGCUCUCUGAUUCUGAUAGUGGUAUUGCUUUGGAAGUUCCCGGAAGGAGACUUAACACAGAAUCAUUGUAAAAGAAUAUUCAGUUUUAAAGAAUUCAGCAGUAACAACACGAAAUAUCAGUGCGUUAGAAUGAAAUUCAUGUUAGUGGAGGGCUGCCUAUUGUAUUGCUUGUUAUUCAGUACACUAGUGUAAGGAGAUAUAGUAUAGUCUAAUAGUUAUUGGGGGAUUGGGGGAGGGGGGGCUCCAUCCCCUGCUUCUGACGGCCUUGCAUACAAAUACAGAAAAAGCAAACCAAAGAAUGUUUUGCAAAGAUGUUUUAUGAGAAAGAGAUUCACAAGAGAAACAUUGAAGACAAAAGAUUCAAAGUUAUAUGAAUAAACGCUAAAGAAUCAAUGCUAUCACUUUAAAUAUUUGUAAAACCAUAGUUUGUCGAGUGCUAUAACAAUCUUGCUCAUUAUUAUUUCAUUUUAAAAUAUCAAAGAAGAAGGUAAAAGGCACUUUAUGACAAGGCUUUUUGAAACUCUACCACGCAUCAAAGGUUUUCCGCCAUAUAGAUAUAUUAUAACAUCCCAAAUUUCAUCUAACCCAUCACUUCUUAUUUCUAUAGAGUUUUCCAUUUACUACAUCCAAUCGAUUCUCUUCAUCCGUCCUUACAAGAAGACUUUCCCUAAUAGGCUGAUAAAGUUAUUGCAAAUAUAUUAAUUCUUACCUUAUUAUAUUAAUUCUUAUUAUAAUAUGUAAAUAUUAAUUCUUAUUACAUCUGAAAUGCUCUCAGUCGGUACACUUCCAUAAUUCCUAAUUAUAUAUCGUUAUCAAUAAAAAACGGGCUUAAGCUUGCUAGCUCGCAAACAAAAAUCAAACUAAGGAAACGGGCCCUUUGAGAACCAGCGCUUGCCCUGGGGCUACGAAAAACACGGGCUCUUGUGCUGGAUUUAUGGCGUAGGGGCAAGAGGAGGCUUUAGCAUCAGCAAAAUUUUUCGCGGGCCCUUCUUGGAACCCGGGUCCUGGUAAUCUAUCCCUGGAAUGUUUUCUAAGAUGUACUUAGGUUCAUUAUUCUUUAUUUUCAGGUGCAUUGAUGUUCUGUGUAAGAUAUUUGUUAUGGCAACAGAAAUCAAUAAAACGGGAUCGCACUUCUUCAUUUUGCACUUUCAUAAUGUAAAUACGGUUACAAGUUAAUUUACUAUAGAUACACAGUCACUAUUGAUAUAUAUAUAAAAUGUAUAAUCAAUGCUCUUGAAUACGGUUACAAAUAAAGUUAACUUAUUAUUGAUAAGUACAGAGACGGAUUUAGGCGGCAAAGAUUGGAGGGAGGGGUGUUAGAAAAUGAUUGGAUUUUGGUGCUACACCAUUAAGUUGAUGGAGUAGAGUUAAGUUGAUGACUAGAAAUUGAUGGAAACGCCCAUUUUCAAAGUUCAGCUUUUAACUUCAAGAAAGUACGAAUAUCAGAUACGAAUAUUAAUGAAGCAAAAUUUACAGAAGGACACACGUAUUUUUUUGGGGAAGGGGUGUCACACCCUCUACACUCCCGGUAAAUCCAUCCCUUGAUAUAUAGUUGCUAUUGAUGUACUUAAGAUGUAUAAUCAGUGCCUGUUUGAUUCCGAGGAAGGUUUUGUGCGGGGAGAACAUGGACAAGUUUCUGCACUCUGAAAUUUCCUCCACUGAUUUAGAUUCAUUACCAAGGUUUUUUUUUAGAUCAAUGCAUGUUUGCUACUUGCAGUUAAAGCAGAACGUUACCCCUUGUAAAUAUUCAUAUUGUUGAUGUGUUAAACACGUUGGUAGUUUGAUGGUGUAAACGUUAAAGUUAUGCCGCAGAAAACCAAGUAUAUAUUGUCACGAUUUAAACGACAGAAUCAGAAGAUUUUGAGCAAGAUUCAUAUUUAGUUGCAGCAUAGAAAAUACUUUAACUCUUUGUGUUGCUAUUUAAAGUAUUGUGUAGCGAUCAGGAAUAAGUCUGAUAUUCCUUUUCUUUGUUUUCUGCGCUACGAUUUUUCGUCACCUAAAAAGCAAACUUUUUGAAUCUGAAACUUCUUUUUUUAUCUUUCUGAAGUUAAUUCUUGGUGCAUGCUUUCAAAGCGUUAUGUUAACUUAGCUGGGAAGUCCAAAUGAACAGUUUUGUAAUCAAGAACGAGAUUUAAAUAAUUUAAUAGACAGGGAAUUUGCAUAACAAUCUAGCAAACUGGGUAACCGAAGUUUUUAAAGUUGAAAUCAUAAGAGUAAAGACCAUUGAUCAUUUUAAGCCCUGGGAACAUUCUGGCAAAUGAGCGGAAGUUACGUUUCCGGAAGCAUGAAAAGUGCACGGUCAGCAAAAUCUCAACUUUUGAAUUUUUCAAAUCUGAUGAUACUAUCGGAAAAAACAUGCAAAACUGAGCAAAAGAUUUAAAAAGAGCAAUGUGAUCUCAUCUAUAAGCAAAAAAUUAUGGCUGUGGAAACUUUUCGUUUUGUCAAACAACUUGCUAUCUCGAGUUUCCUGAUAGUGCAGACGCAUAGCAGUAGAAUUGUGCAUGUUGUCAUAAUAGUAUGAAGUUUGAUACAAGCACACAAUCUGAUAUGCUGAAUAAGAUGAAGUUCAUAUAAAGCUUCAA